CGAAAAUCAUCCAUAUGCGAAACAAAUGUUGAUUCCAUGUUUGAAGAAAACGUGUGUGCGUUUCUUUCUGCCUCUGGCAAUCUGAGGACCGCGGCACGUUGCUGUUUGCCAGUGGACGCUGAGCUGUGUUACGUUUCAGCUUGACCUGCAGAAUUCAUAUUAAAGUAUCGAGACCGUGUGAAGUGACCGUGACAAGAUGUCGAUCGCCGUACGUUGGGCAAAGCGUCGCACAUUCGUCACGGUAGCGAUCGUGGUCGUGCUAUACUACUUCCUGUCAUCAUUUUACCAUAAGUACCAGUUCAGCACCGUGAUCCCGCACACCAAACCGGAAGACGUGUGGGAGUUUGUGGCCGAUUUUAGUCGCAUGAAAAAACUUAACCCUACCAUACUAAACUUCCGUGUGCUUGCCGAUCACGGGAACUUUGAGCACUGGAAGUAUACGGUCGAGUACGACGAACGGUUAUCACACUGGCCGUACACAUUUAACACCGCCAUCGGACAUUACUCCGUGCGGAAGCUACCAGAAUCGGAAGGUGGCCAAUAUUCGGUUGCUUCCACGCACCGAACGUGCUUUCUGUUCGGUUUGUUUUGCGUGAACUCAAAGGGUGAGAUUAAGAUGUCACGCGUCCAUCAGCAUGAUACAUACUGUGAGGAGACGGUGCACUACCAGUGUCCCUUCUUCUUCGGUCGGUUCUGUCAACGGGAGGUCCAAUUUCAACGGCAAGCUAUCAUGAAGUACUUGAAGCAACAGUUUACGCAGAAGGAGUUCGGACAUGGAACUUAUGUAUGGCUACAAAAAUAA